AAAUCUUAUGAAUAAGUAUCUAUAACAUCGUAAGGAAUAAAAUAUUGGUUCCAUAGGAGUCAGAGAAGUGUUAUUUUUCUAUAUUUGCACACCAGACACUUCACUUCCUAUUCACCAAUUUUUGUGUCCAUCGGACGACUCCUUUUUGGUGCGUCGAUUUUUUUGUUAUAGAGUUUUCCAAUUAUAACAUCACUUCUUAAACUGGAAUCAGAGUAUUUGAACAGACUGGCAGUGGACAGUUUUACAGCAAUCAUGAGAUAUAUGGGAGAUUUACCGCUAGGAUUGCAUCAAAAAGAGGUUGAAUGUGUUUAUACUAUUUUAGUGAUAUGUCAUCACCAUCCUUCUUUACGAGAUGAAGUUUACUGUCAGCUAAUGAAACAAACUACUAACAACAAAAGCUUAAAUCCAGAUAGCAGGAUACGAGGAUGGAGACUGCUUGCAUUUAUAGCUGCCUUCUUCAAAUGCUCUGACAGUUUAAUGCCUUAUUUAAGGAAAUAUUUGGAUACAGCUGCUCAAGAUCAAAGACGAUUAGAACAUGGUACGGCAGAAAUUAGUAUUUACAAUUUGAAGCAGACUCUUAAAUAUGGUGGACGACGCAACGUUCCAAGUGAACAUGAAGUACAUUCUGUAACUGAAGGAAAACUGAGUAGAUUACAAGAUUAUUUUUUGCCAGGGGGAGUACACAUUUCUCUUCCUACAUCAGCAUCAACAGUAGUAGAAGACAUCAUAAAAUCAUUAUGCACUAAAAUGGGAAUAAGUACUGAAUUUGAAAUUCGAGAAUAUUCCCUAUAUUGUAUAGUUGAAGGAGACCAAUACACAAUGCCGUUGGAAUAUGAUGAAUACAUUUUAGAUUUAGUGGCUGAAUUAGAAAGGAAUGAAAAUACAUAUUACCUUAUUUUCUGUCGUUCUGUGUGGUAUUGUGAUUUAAGACUGGACUCAGAAUUAUACAUAGAAACAAUAUUUCACCAAAUUAUACCAGAUUAUCUAGCAGGUUACCUCAUUGUAACAACUUUACAAAAUACAACAUUACCUCAAGAUACACAUGUCAAAAUACUACGAAUAGCAGCUUUACUUCACAGAUCAAAUGACAUGACUGUAGCUCCAAAUGAGACAGAAAUUUCUUUUUUAUUACCAAAGACAAUUGCUGAUUUUCAAAUCCAACAUGCUGAGUGGUCUAAAGAUAUCAGUAAUAUUUGGGAAGAGAUGAUAGCAUUAAAUACUAUAGAAGCCAAAGCACAAUGCUUAGAAAUAAUGCAGAAGUGGCCACUUUUUGGAUCUUGUUUCUUUGGAGUAAAGAUGUUAGAAGAAGAAUCCGAAGUAGAACAUAUUCUUGCAGUAAAUAAAACAGGAAUCAAUGUACUGCAUGUUGAAACACAUGAGAUGCUAUGGAGGUUCAGCUUUGCAGCAGCUCAUGCACCACACAAUGUUAUUGAGUUAAAAGGUACUACAUAUGCUGAUGUUGUAUUUGGUGACAGAAAUGUAAAGAAAAUCAUACGGCUUCAAAUUGAUCAUGCUCAUGAAGUCACAAGAUUGAUAAAGCAAUAUGAAUUAAUACAAGAAAUGAAGAAAGAAGAAAAAAAUGAUGACUUAUAUUAUCCAACAGUAAUGAUAAAGGUGUAAUAAGAAAUGUAUUACUUCAAAUUUAAAGCUUUAUAUGUUGAAUGGGAAAAAAAUAUCUGCUGAAAAAUUAAAGAACUGAAAACUGACUAAUCA